AUUCGCGGCGUAGAGUCUUGUCACAUCCAAAGGCAUAUCGGCGUUCUGCAUCGUCGACCCGGAGCGACUCUGGACACACCGAAAAAAUCUCCCAGCAUACAUGAUAUUAUCGAUUUCCUUUUUUUUUUGGUUUUUUUUGGGUCAAUGUUUAGCGAGCGAGCGUCUGUUUUUGAGGAACCACAAUCGCCAGCUCGGUCACGGGCUUAUUCCUUUUUCUCCUCUCAACAUGGCUGGAACAGGGUGGAUUUCUGAUUUGCAUUUACAACAGGGCAGGUCUUUGAGUCAUGGAAGGCCGGGUUUUCUUCCUGUUUUGCGUUUUAAAAUAAGAGGUAUAAGCAGCAAUGCACACCCACCCACGCCCGGCAGCGACCGGGACAGGCAUAUCUUGGUUUUCUGGAUUCCCAAAUUUGUUUUCAUCUGGCAUACAUACGGCAUAAAGCGGCUUUCUUUAGAGAAGAUACCCCCCAACCGCGACCCUGGACGACAAACUCUCCGGUCUGCGUGCUCGCUUCAAGUUUCCUUUUCGUUUCCCAGGCCUUGGUUUCAUGACCGACGAGUUAACGGAUGACCUAAUGACGAAUACCCGACGAACCUCACGACGACUUUUCACACGAAAGAACCCCGUCCAACUUGAUGUUGGCACUUCUCUUCGAACAAAAGCCGAUCGAGCGACUACGGAUUCGGAGGAAAAUGCGGGACUGGAUCCACGAAUAUGCAUCAUCCAAUCGUUAGGUCGAUUCUGUGACUCAUCUCGUAGCCGCGACGCA